GUUCCGGUGCUGGGGCGCAGAGACGUGGCGGAGCGGCGGUGUGAUGCGGCUCCUUUGCCCCCGCUGCAGGGCACUGGCACACGCAGCUGGUCGCAGUGCUCUGGUGCCCGCUGACUCAGUCCUAACCUCCUCUGCCUUUCUCUCUCCCCUGUUUCAGCCGUACAAGCCAUGCAGGAUGACCUACUGAUGGACAAAAGCCACCCUCAGCAGAGGCAGCAGCAGCAGCAGGACCCCAGCAGCUCAGAAGCCCCCUGUUCUGCAGAGCCCCCCAGCCCUGAGAACUGCAGCAGCACCCCAACUCUGAAGGAGAAGAUGCAGAUGGAGUCCCCCAUCUUACCUGGUCUGAGCUUCCCCCAGCCUGGUCAGCAGCAGGAGCCCCCCACUGGCCCUUCCCUGUCCCCAUCCUUCGGAAGCACCUGGUCCACCGGAGGGUCUGGCAGUGCUGUGGAUGACAGCUUCUUCCAAGGAAUUACCCCUGUCAACGGGACCAUGCUAUUCCAGAACUUCCCUCACCACCACCACGUCAACCCUGUAUUUGGGGGCACCUUCUCCCCUCAGCUGGGGCUGGCUCAUCAGACUCAUCAGCAGCAGCAGAGAAGAUCCCCUGUCAGCCCCAAUAAUCCCAUCCCCUACAACCAGAGGACCGCUUACAGCCACCAGGCCAUCCUGACCAACAAGCCCUCCACAUCGUCCUCCUCUUCGCUGUCUCCUUCCAGCUGGAAUAACCAGCAGAAUGCAGCGUGGAAUAACCCCUCCAAUCCCUGGGGAGGUCUGCAGCCGGGCAGAGACCCCCGCAGGGCGGUGGGGGUAGGAGUAGGGGUCGGAGUCGGGGUGCCCUCACCGCUCAAUCCCAUCUCCCCAUUGAAAAAACCUUUCUCCAGUAAUGUGAUUGCACCCCCCAAAUUUCCUCGCGCUUCACCUCUGGCUCCCAAAUCCUGGGUGGAGGACAACGCUUUCAGGACGGAUAACGGCAAUACCCUUUUGCCCUUGCAGGACCGGAACAGGCCCUAUGAUUCUUUUAACUUGCACUCUUUGGAGAAUUCACUAAUGGAUAUGAUUAGGACUGAUCAUGAACCUCUAAAAGCUCGAAUGGGUAUUAAUUUCCAUCACCCAGCAACAGAUAACAUAAUGGCACUUAACACCAGGAGCUAUGGUCGGAGACGAGGUCGAUCUUCUCUUUUCCCCUUUGAAGAUGGAUUCCUUAGCGAUAGUCACACUGACCAGUCCUUGUCAUCUGGCUUAAGUUCUCCUACACACUGUCAGAACGGCGAACGGGUAGAGCGCUACUCUCGUAAGGUGUUUGUGGGCGGAUUGCCUCCAGAUAUUGAUGAAGAUGAGAUCACUGCAAGCUUUCGGAGGUUUGGCCCUUUGGUGGUAGAUUGGCCUCAUAAAGCAGAAAGUAAAUCUUACUUUCCACCCAAAGGUUAUGCCUUCCUGCUCUUUCAAGAGGAAAGUUCUGUGCAGGCUCUGAUAGACGCCUGUUUGGAGGAGGAUGGCAAGCUUUACCUGUGUGUCUCCAGCCCCACCAUCAAGGACAAACCUGUCCAGAUUAGACCCUGGAAUCUGAGUGACAGCGACUUUGUAAUGGAUGGCUCUCAACCGUUGGAUCCAAGAAAAACCAUAUUUGUUGGAGGUGUUCCACGACCUUUGCGAGCUGUUGAACUGGCUAUGAUCAUGGAUCGUCUUUAUGGUGGCGUGUGCUAUGCUGGAAUUGAUACCGAUCCUGAAUUGAAAUACCCAAAAGGUGCCGGGCGGGUGGCAUUCUCAAAUCAGCAGAGCUACAUAGCAGCCAUCAGUGCUCGAUUCGUUCAGCUGCAGCACAAUGAUAUUGACAAGCGGGUGGAAGUGAAGCCAUAUGUGCUGGAUGAUCAGAUGUGCGAUGAAUGCCAGGGCACACGCUGUGGUGGGAAGUUCGCGCCCUUCUUCUGCGCCAAUGUCACCUGCCUGCAGUAUUAUUGCGAGUACUGCUGGGCCAGCAUCCAUUCCCGCGCUGGCCGGGAGUUCCACAAACCACUGGUGAAAGAGGGAGGCGACCGGCCACGCCAUGUUCCCUUUCGUUGGAGCUGAGCAUUGCACAUGUCAACACACAGGAGAUCGAGGGCCAUGGAAACCAUCGAGGGCCCCUUGAUCUGUGGAAGAAAUUGCUCCUUAUGUUCUUCUGUUUUAUAAAUGUUAUUAUUUGCAGCCACCUUACUGAACUUAGUGUCCAGUAUAAUGCAAACCUGCAGAGUGUAACUGUUCUCGAUUUUGCACUUUGAUUUAUAACUAUAUAUAUAUCUCUAUAUAUAUGGAAAAAAACAAAAACAUCAUCUGGUUGGUACUUUAAUUUCCUUCACAGACACGUUGUCAGUAGAGACAUCUCAUUAGGCCGGUACAGGUUCCUCUCACUUCCGGGUUGUUGUGGGUGCGGUGAAGAUUCUCUCUUAGAAACUGGAGCAUGCACUUAGGUAUCUGAUUUACAGCCUAUAUUCUCCUCACCUGUAGAAGAUGUCUUACCAAAGGUCUCAUAAGUCACACUUGGAAAAAUGUAGCAAAGAAAUAAAACGGCAAAGAAAAAAUUCCCACAGCAACAUCAGUCUUGCGCCAUAACCUGUGCAAUGCUAACAGAUCCUAUGAACUUCUAACGUCUAGUGCUUGAUAUUUAAGAACCAUGUCUUUUGUAAUAAGCAAAACGAUAUCUUCUAUACCGUAAAUCAGAUUUCUUUUCCCUAUUUUCUUUUUUUUUUUUUAUUUCAAAUUUUUUUUUCAAUUUAAUUUUUUAUUUUUAUUGGACAGGUUGGGUUUGGAAGGUAGACCUUUUUAGUGUUAUGUAAAUGUAUGCUGCAAUAGCUUUUGCUGCUAUUAAAAAUGGUAUUGACAAUACCAGAAUACUCUAUUCAGGCUAGGGUAUCUGUGAUUUAAAACCUAAAAAAGACAAAAACCUAUAUAAUUAAUGUAACGUAUAAUUACAAUGAAGUUAAACGAGCUGCUGGAAAUUGAUAUAAAGAACUUCCGAGGAAGGUCGGUUUGAUUUAUUUUAUUUUUUUCCUCUUGAUGCAUGUUUGAUCAUUCAGAUUACUGCAUGCAUUACUAUAGCACAUCAUAUACAACCUGACCACAACACACACAAUAAAUGUAGCAUCUACUUCUUCAAGUAAUGCUUCAGAAAUAAUAAUUAGCAAAAUAACGACUGGAGGAAGGCAUGUCUCUCUAUCUAGAAUUGCAUCUAAGUAAAUGGGGUCAGUUAAUUACAGAUUUAUUUUUUAUUUUUAUUAACUACCGCUAAUGAAAACUAAUGUAGGAUGUAAGUAAAAAAUGCGGUGCUCUUGUUAUAUUGUGCAAUUUAUUUUAUGUAGUAAAGUGAUUUAUGUCAUGUACUGUGAUCAGAUGUAACUUAAAGCCUCUGUGUAUACCUGACAGCUUGUUAGUUCUCUUAGUUACAAAUCCCUCUUUUUAUAUCUUUGUCGCUUUUGUUUUUUAUGAUUAUUU